CCCAACUCGAAGAGGACCGCGAGCCCGGGGCUGAAGUACAAGUAGACUGAAUGAAAACACAAGCGUAGAAAUCAAUUUCUUAAACAGAGGCAGAGGGCUUUCAUUUUACCAGGCAGCGAGUCUUUUAAUUCACAUAACCCGCAAAGAUGCCCGAUUUCAACGCUUGCUCUUGACUCCUGGUUGUUUCCAAUGGAACUAGCCUAAUGGGACACGCGGGCUUCAAAUAAAUCCUUUUUGGUGAAUGACACUAUAUCAGAAAGCCUGCGUGAUAGCGACAGAGAGACACACACGGAAGUGCGGACAUGGCUGACAGGACUGCUCCCAACUGCCACCUGAGACUGGAGUGGGUGUACGGAUACCGGGGACAUCAGUGCCGCAACAACCUGUACUACACCGCCGCCAAGGAAAUUGUCUAUUUCGUCGCCGGUGUGGGAGUUGUGUAUAACACCCGGGAACACAAGCAGAAAUUUUACCUGGGGCACAACGAUGACAUAAUCAGCUUAGCUCUCCAUCCGGAGCGAGUGUUGGUGGCCACGGGACAGGUGGGCAAGGAGCCUUACAUCUGUGUGUGGGACUCCUACACUGUGCAGACUGUGUCCAUCCUCAAGGAUGUGCACACACAUGGCAUUGCUUGCCUGGCCUUUGACCUCGAGGGACAGUGUUUGGUGUCUGUGGGUUUGGACUCGAAAAACACAAUCUGUGUGUGGGACUGGAGGAGAGGGAAGGUUCUGGCAGCCGCUCCCGGUCAUACAGACAGGAUAUUUGACAUAUCGUGGGAUUUGUACCAGCCGAGCAAGCUCGUAAGCUGCGGUGUCAAACAUAUCAAGUUCUGGAGCUUAUGCGGUAAUGCUCUCACGCCCAAACGUGGUGUUUUUGGCAAAACGGGGGAUCUCCAAACAAUCCUCUGCCUUGCUUGCGCCAAGGACGAAGUCACCUAUUCAGGUGCCUUGAACGGUGACAUCUACGUGUGGAAAGGGAUUAACCUGAUGAGGACUGUGCAGGGUGCUCAUGGGUCAGGGAUUUUCAGCAUGAAUGCCUGUGAAGAGGGCUUUGCCACAGGGGGCCGAGACGGCUGCGUCCGGCUGUGGGAUCUCAACUUCAAACCAAUUACUGUCAUUGAUCUCAGGGAAACAGACCAAGGAUAUAAAGUAGCUAGAGGUGAAAAUAGCCGAGGGCUGUCAGUGCGUAGCGUAUGCUGGCGAGGAGAUCACAUCCUAGUGGGCACACAGGACAGUGAGAUCUUUGAGAUUGUGGUCCACGAUCGCAACAAGCCCUUCCUCAUAAUGCAGGGUCACUGUGAGGGAGAGCUUUGGGCGCUGGCUGUGCACCCAACGAAGCCUCUAGCUAUGACUGGAAGUGAUGACCGCUCAGUCAGGAUAUGGAGCCUUAUAGAUCAUGCGCUGAUAGCUCGCUGUAACAUGGAGGAGCCUAUCCGCUGUGCGGCUGUAAGUACUGAUGGUAUUCACCUGGCACUGGGGAUGAAGGAUGGCUCAUUCACUGUUCUAAGAGUCAGAGACAUGACUGAGGUGGUGCACAUCAAGGACAGGAAGGAGGCCAUCCAUGAGCUGAAGUACUCCCCCGAUGGGGCCCACUUGGCUGUAGGUUCAAAUGAUAACUCGGUGGAUAUCUAUGGUGUGGUGCAGAGGUACAAGAAAGUGGGUGAGUGCAUUGGCUCCACCAGCUUCAUCACCCAUAUGGACUGGUCCACAGAUAGCAAGUAUCUGCAGACAAAUGAUGGCAGCGGCAGGAGGCUCUUCUACAGGAUGCCAAGUGGGAAGGAGGUCACCAAUAGGGAAGAGCUGAAGUUGGUACAGUGGGCUACAUGGACAUGUGUUUUGGGCCCUGAAGUUAAUGGAAUAUGGCCCAAAUACUCGGACAUCAAUGACAUCAACUCUGUGGAUGCCAACUUUAACAACCAAGUCUUAGUAACUGCUGAUGACUAUGGAUUAGUCAAACUUUUGCGAUAUCCAUGUGUAAAAAAAGGUGCAAAAUUUAAAAAGUAUUUAGGCCACUCGGCUCACAUAACCAAUGCUAGAUGGUCACAUGACUACCAGUGGGUAGUAACUAUCGGGGGUGCUGAUCACUCAGUGUUCCAGUGGAAGUUUGUUCCCGAAAGAAAGUCUAAAGAAGCUCUGCACAUAGCACCUCAAGAGAUACUGGCAGACUCUAACAGCGAAGAGUCAGACUCUGAUCAGUCAGACGUACCUGAGAUGGACUCGGAAAUUGAGCAGGAGACGCAGCUCACAUAUAGACGACAGGUUUAUAAAGAAGAUCUACCUCAGCUCAAAGAGCAGUGCAAGGAGAAACAUCGAGCAACAGCUAUGAAGAAGAGAGAAAGAGCACCAGGGAGUGGAGUAAAGCUGCACUUCAUUCAUGGCUACAGGGGGUAUGAUUGCAGGAGCAACCUGUUCUAUACCCAGACUGGGGAGAUAGUGUACCAUGUUGCUGCUGUAGGGGUUGUGUACAACAGACAACAGAAUACGCAGCGUUUCUACAUGGGCCAUGAUGAUGACAUCCUCUGUCUGGCUCUGCACCCCCUAAAGGAUUUUGUAGCUACAGGCCAGGUUGGCAGAGAUUCCUCCAUCCACAUAUGGGACACAGAAAUGUUAAAACCCAUGUCUGUUUUGAAGGGGUUCCACCAGCUCGGAGUGUGUGCUUUGGACUUUUCAGCGGAUGGCAAACGGCUGGCCUCUGUGGGCCUGGAUGACAAUCACACCAUUGUGCUAUGGGACUGGAGAAAAGGGGAGAAGCUCUCUGCCAUGCGGGGAAGCAAGGACAAGAUAUUUGUUGUCAAAAUAAAUCCCUACCUUCCUGACAAGCUCAUCACAGCUGGUGUGAAACAUAUGAAGUUUUGGCAUAAAGCUGGUGGUGGUCUAAUUGGGCGCAAGGGAAACAUGGGGAAGACGGAGACUAUGAUGUGUGCUGUGUAUGGCUGGUCAGAGGAGAUGGUGUUUUCAGGCACAUGCACGGGGGACAUUUGUAUCUGGAGGGACAUGUUCCUGAUGAAGACUGUCAAAGCCCACGACGGACCUGUUUUCAGUAUGCACGCUCUAGAAAAGGGAUUUGUGACUGGUGGAAAGGAUGGUAUUGUAGCGCUGUGGGAUGACACUUUCGAGAGAUGCCUCAAAACCUAUGCCAUCAAGAGAGCAGUCCUAGCUCCAGGCUCCAAAGGGUUGCUCCUGGAGGACAAUCCCUCCAUACGUGCCAUAUCUCUUGGCCAUGGCCACAUCCUAGUGGGAACCAAGAAUGGCGAGAUCUUGGAGGUGGACAAGAGUGGUCCCAUCACUCUGCUCGUCCAGGGUCACAUGGAGGGUGAAGUGUGGGGCCUGGCUACUCAUCCCCAUCUCCCUCUCUGUGCUACCGUCAGCGAUGACAAAACCCUGCGCAUAUGGGACCUGUCCCCGAGCCACUGCAUGUUGGCUGUACGCAAACUCAGGAAAGGCGGCCGUUGCUGCUGCUUCUCCCCUGAUGGCAAAGCUUUAGCGGUGGGCCUGAACGACGGCAGUUUCAUUAUUGUGAACGCAGACACCCUGGAGGACCUGGUGUCCUUCCACCACCGCAAGGACAUCAUCUCAGAUAUCAGAUUCUCUCCAGGAGCUGGGAAGUACCUUGCAGUGGCAUCAGGAGACAGCUUUGUGGAUAUUUACAAUGUAAUGAGCAGCAAAAGGGUAGGAGUGUGCAAAGGAUGCCUCAACUACAUUACCCAUCUGGAUUGGGACCGGAGGGGAAAACUACUUCAAGUCAACACGAGUGCUAAGGAGCAGUUUUUUUUCGAGGCUCCUCGAGGCAAAAGGCAGACCAUCCCAGCUACAGAGGUGGAGAAGAUCGAUUGGAGCACAUGGACGUGUGUCCUGGGAACAUCUGUUGAGGGCAUCUGGCCUGUGAUAAGCGAGGUCACUGAGGUGACCGCUGCCUGCCUUAGUAAUGACAGGAAGGUGCUAGCAACAGGAGAUGAUCUAGGAUACAUCAAGCUCUUCAGAUAUCCUGUCAAGGGGAAGUAUGCAAAGUUCAAACGCUACGUGGCCCACAGCACACAUGUUACUAAUGUGCGAUGGACCCACGACGACAGCCUCUUGGUGACUGUCGGUGGGGGUGACACGUGCCUCAUGAUUUGGGCCCACGAGCCCGAGGGCCACCGCGAAAUCAGACAGUGUGACAGCGAGGAGUCAGAUAUUGAGAGCGAGGACGAUGGAGGGUAUGACAGCGAUGUGACGAGGGAGAACGAAAUCAACUACACCAUCAAGGCCUUAUCCACCAACAUGCGACCAAUGACAGGCGUGAAACCCCACUUGCAGCUGAAAGAGCCCUCUGUGGAUGAAAGACAAGGGGUAGUCAGAGGAUCGAGGCCUCCUGUCAGCAGAGCGCUGCCACAGCCAGAGAAGCUGCAGACCAACAAUGUCGGCAAAAAGAAGAGACCCAUCGAGGACCUGGUGUUAGAGCUGGUGUUUGGUUACCGUGGCAACGACUGCCGCAACAACGUGCACUACCUGAAUGAGGGGACUGACAUAAUCUACCACACGGCCUCCGUCGGUAUUGUCCUCAACUUGACGACUUCCUGCCAAAGUUUCUAUGUGGAACACAGUGACGACAUUUUGUGCCUGACCAUCAAUCAACACCCCAAAUUCCCCAACAUGGUGGCAACUGGCCAAGUAGGUGAUAUCGGUGACAUGUCAGCCACGUCUCCAUCUAUCCAUGUGUGGGAUGCCAUGACCAAGCAGACGCUGUCGGUGCUACGCUGUUUCCACGCGGGUGGGGUUUGUUCUGUUAGUUUCAGUGCCACAGGAAAACUCCUGCUGUCUGUUGGCCUGGAUCCCGAACACACUGUCACCAUCUGGAAGUGGCAAGAAGGUGCCAAAGUGGCCAGCCGGAUAGGUCACACCCAGAGGAUCUUUGUGGCCGAGUUUCGGCCGGACUCAGACACACACUUUGUGUCUGUGGGCAUCAAGCACGUGCGUUUCUGGACAUUAGCUGGCCGAGCUUUGCUCAGCAAGAAAGGCGUGCUCAGUACCCUGGAGGACGCUCGGAUGCAGACCAUGCUUUCUGUAGCAUUUGGAGCUAAUAACUUGACAUUUACAGGUACCAUAAGUGGGGAUGUGUGUGUGUGGAAGGAACACAUUCUAGUAAGAAUAGUGGCCAAAGCUCAUACGGGCCCCGUGUUCACUAUGUACACCACACUGAGGGACGGCCUCAUCGUCACCGGAGGCAAAGAAAGACCGUCAAAGGAGGGCGGUGCUCUGAAGCUCUGGGAUCAGGAGCUGAAACGCUGCAGAGCCUUUCGGUUAGAAACCGGACAAAUCAUAGACUGUGUUCGCUCUGUAUGCCGGGGAAAGGGUAAAAUCCUGGUGGGGACCAGGAAUGCAGAGAUCAUUGAAGUAGGAGAGAAGAACGCAGCGUGCAACAUCCUGGUGAACGGACACAUGGACGGACCGAUAUGGGGUUUGGGCACGCAUCCUUCUAGAGACGUGUUUCUGUCAGCCGCAGAGGAUGGCACUGUUCGUCUGUGGGACAUCCCAGAAAAGAAGAUGCUGAAUAAGGUGAACCUGGGCCACCCGGCGCACACCAUCAGCUACAGUCCUGAGGGAGACAUGGUGGCCAUCGGCAUGAAAAAUGGAGAAUUCAUCAUCCUGCUGGUCACCUCACUCAAAAUCUGGGGGAAGAAAAGGGACCGGCGUUCACCUAUUCAGGAUAUUAGGUUCAGUCCGAAUUCUCGCUACCUGGCUGUGGGCUCCAAUGAGUGCGCCGUUGACUUCUACGACCUGACGCUCGGCCCGCAGCUGAACCGAAUCAACAGCUGCAGGGACAUCCCCAGCUUUGUGAUGCAGAUGGACUUUUCUGCCGACAGCAACUACGUCCAGAUAUCCACGGGUGCUUAUAAACGGCUCGUGUACGAGGUGCCAUCUGGGAAGCAGGUCACAGAACAGUCUUAUAUUGACAGGAUCACCUGGGCCACCUGGACAAGUGUCCUUGGGGACGAGGUCGUAGGGAUCUGGUCCCGUAACACUGACAAAGCAGACGUCACCUGUGCCUGCGUGUCCCACUCGGGCCUUAACAUCGUCACGGGCGAUGAUUUUGGGAUGGUAAAGCUGUUUGACUUUCUCUGUCCAGAGAAAUUUGCCAAACACAAACGAUUCCUGGGCCAUUCUGCUCAUCUGACAAACGUACGGUUCACAAACGGAGAUCGCUUCGUCGUCAGCGCCGGCGGGGACGACAGAAGCCUCUUUGUGUGGAGGUGUGUCCAUGCCCCGCAUUGAUCAUCACACUGGGAUCAUCCAACAUCAGAAAGUCAGGGGUCAGAAAAAAACAGAAAAGAAAACUAAAGGAUACAUUUAAACAACGAGGAGGAGGAGGAGGAGGAGGAGGAGGAGCAGGAGGAAGGACCUGGCAGCUUGUAAGUGAGAUAAACCGGUGAUUCGACUUACUGCCUCAAAACUAGGUGCAUGCAUAUGUGCAAGGCUCAUCUUCAUCACAGUCCUUGAUUGUGAAAACAGGCAGAGGGCAUACAGCCCUGCUCUCCUAACAUCACAUCGUCACUGAGGAAGAAAAGAAUAAAACACCUAAUAUGUGCAUAUCAUUUCAGUGAUGCAUUAUUUCUUUUUUUGAAAAACAAGCUUAUCUGUGUACGUGUCCCAAACAGCAGUUUUGCCAUGUGGCAGGCCUCUGAAAUUGUGUUACUGACAAUGCCAUUUUUCAAAAAAAGGAAACAAACAUGUAGCAAACUGAAUUAGCCUUAAUCUGAGCGUUUAGAAGGGUUUGGAUUCUUUUUGUAUUGUUUCAUUUUAUUUAUUUAUUACUUUUUUUAUUUAUUUUUUUCAUCCGUUUAUUCUGUUUUGAACUGGUAAUUCCAAAUCCUGUGGCCUUCCUCCUGAAUGUAACAUCCACUGUUAUGUUCUGGAUGUCAGCAUGCCAAAGCAUACUAUGCACUGUACACCUGACCUGCUCACUGUGUCGCCCUGGUGGUUCAUUUACGACGUGAUAACGUGGUCGUGCUGUCGACUGGUUGACCUCAACCCCCGUCCAACCUACCCCACCCGCCCCUCCGCAGUGUUCCCCUCAUGUCAUAUUAACGUACGUGUUUGAGGAUUCGUUUGUGAUUUAUUAAAGGGUGUGUGCAUGGCUUACGGGAAGACAAUCUGUCUGAACCAAAUUCCUCAGAAAACAAAAAGAACAGCUGUAAAUUGAGAUCUCGUUGCACUCGUUGCAGUUCCAGUGGUCACUUUUUAGUGUGCUGCUACGAUAUGUUGUUGUUGCAUUUUCAUGAUUAUGAGCGGUGUGAUGUUUUUUCAACAGUGCGUUGAUGUUUCGUGAAAUAAGAUAUUGCUUAAAUGGAAUGUUUAUCAGAGAAUAUUAAAAAAAGUGCAAAAGAUUUCCUCCUUGCAUUAAGACUAACUACUAAAAAAAAGUUGCUGCAUAUUUUGAUUUACAUUUCACCAGUGUAUAUACCAUUUGUAGAUAUUCUUUUUGUAUAUUUUUGUGAGAUGUUUCUUAAAUUCCACUUUAUUAAAAAAAUAAUUAAAAUAAAACA